AUGGUGAAUUACGUCAACCCGCUCGCCAUGUACCAAGGCAAGGGCGGGCAAUACGGAGGCGGCUGGUAUGGCUGGCAGCAUCAGAACUUUGAGGAACAACAGUGGUGUGCUUGGAACGGUGCCCCGACGGGUGGAGAAUGGGCGCCGGAGCCGCAUCACUUCCCGAAGAGAGAACCCGGGGAGAGAGAAAUCGCGGAUAUGCCAUCUCCUGCACGAGGCGACCUCGCUAGCCCUAGUGAAAGUUCUCCUGGAUCGAGACCCGCUCAACCGCCAGCUCCUCCGAGGUCUCCGUACGAAUGGAUGAAAAAGCCCAAUUACCAGACACAACCAAAUCCAGGUAAAACGCGCACAAAGGAUAAAUAUCGCGUCGUGUACAGCGACCAUCAGCGCCUGGAGCUUGAAAAAGAGUUUCACUACAGCCGAUAUAUCACCAUACGACGCAAGGCCGAACUCGCUGUUAGUCUAGGCCUUUCUGAGCGCCAGGUAAAAAUUUGGUUCCAAAACCGGCGAGCCAAGGAGCGUAAGCAGGUAAAGAAACGCGAAGAAGUGGUUAUGAAAGAAAAGGGCGACCACGCCUCGCUUCAACAUGCACAAUUACAUCACGCAACGAUGCUACAUCACCAACAAAUGAUGAACGGUAUGAUGCAUCACCAUCAUUAUCACCAGGGGGUGUUACAGGGGGUACCAGAACCACUUGUGCCCGGGGUACCGCCCGUUCCGCUGCUGUGA